AUGGAUGCGACCCUAACUCUGACCACCAACAUGAAUCCGCCUUCGCUCUCCGCUUUUGCAUUUUUGCUAUUCUGCUUUGCCUUUGACCUUAUAGUCCCAGUCAACGCCGCCGCCGGUGUGCAUAAAUGGGAAGCGACCAACUUUUGCAAAUGCAUAUGCUUUGGAAACGAGUUCAAAAUUCUGCCAUUGGACCUCCCAGACAACCCUUCGCAGCCGUGCCAGUCGUGUACGAAGCAGUGGUGCCUCAAUCAGAACCUACCGAUUUGUGCCAGUGCUUCCCUGGGUGAUACGAACCCCGAUACCGCAACAGGAAAGGAGGGCGAUGUCGAGGCUCGAUGCUUCCAACGCAAUUCACCUCGGGACCAACUGAUCGUAAUUCUAUUCCUUUUGACGGUCUUUGGGCUGCUCCUGGGCGCUGGCAUCAAGAACCGCAUGAUGAAAGCGGGAAUAGCACCGACCCUACCAUGGCAGAAUGCUAACCGCAGGAGGUGGUGGCAGUCCUGGCUACCCCGAGGGCGGGAACACUUUGGCUUGGAACGGUUCGGUCGUACUGCAGAUAGAGAAACAUUCUUGGCGAUGAACCAAUCCGAGAGAUGA